AUGGCCUGGCGCUCGGGCCCCAUGGCGCUGCUCCUCAGCUUUGGCCUCCUCGGGCUGUGCUCAGGAGUCUGUGGUACAGACACAGAGGAGCGGCUGGUGGAGCAUCUCCUGGAUCCUUCCCGCUACAAUAAGCUUAUCCGCCCAGCCACCAAUGGCUCUGAGCUGGUGACGGUACAGCUCAUGGUAUCACUGGCCCAGCUCAUCAGUGUGCAUGAGCGGGAGCAGAUCAUGACCACCAAUGUCUGGCUGACCCAGGAGUGGGAGGAUUAUCGCCUCACCUGGAAGCCUGAGGAAUUUGACAACAUGAAGAAAGUUCGGCUCCCUUCCAAACACAUCUGGCUCCCAGAUGUGGUCCUAUACAACAAUGCUGACGGCAUGUACGAGGUGUCCUUCUAUUCCAAUGCCGUGGUCUCCUAUGAUGGCAGCAUCUUCUGGCUGCCGCCUGCCAUCUACAAGAGCGCAUGCAAGAUCGAAGUAAAGCACUUCCCGUUUGACCAGCAGAACUGCACCAUGAAGUUCCGCUCGUGGACCUACGACCGCACCGAGAUCGACCUGGUGCUCAAGAGUGACGUGGCCAGCCUGGAUGACUUCACGCCCAGUGGCGAGUGGGACAUCGUCGCGCUGCCGGGCCGGCGCAACGAGAACCCGGACGACUCCACUUAUGUGGACAUCACGUACGACUUCAUCAUCCGCCGCAAGCCACUCUUCUACACCAUCAAUCUCAUCAUCCCCUGCGUGCUUAUCACCUCACUAGCCAUCCUCGUCUUCUACCUGCCCUCCGACUGCGGCGAGAAGAUGACGCUGUGCAUCUCCGUGCUGCUGGCGCUCACCGUCUUCCUGCUGCUCAUCUCCAAGAUCGUGCCACCCACCUCCCUCGACGUGCCGCUUGUAGGCAAGUACCUCAUGUUCACCAUGGUGCUUGUCACCUUCUCCAUCGUCACCAGCGUGUGCGUGCUCAACGUGCACCACCGCUCACCCACCACGCACACCAUGGCUCCCUGGGUCAAGGUCAUCUUCCUGGAGAAGCUGCCCAAGCUGCUCUUCAUGCAGCAGCCGCGCCACCGCUGCGCCCGCCAACGCCUGCGCCUGCGGCGGCGCCAGCGCGGGCGCGAGGGAACCGGCGCCGUCUUCUACCGCGAAGCCCUGGGGGCAGACUCCUGCACGUGCUUCGUCAAUUGCGCGUCUGUGCAGGGCUUGGCUGGGGCCUUCGGCUCGGAGCCGGCGCCGGCAGCUGGCCCCGGGCGCUCCGGGGGGCCGUGUGGCUGCGGCCUCCGGGAGGCGGUGGACGGCGUGCGCUUCAUCGCGGACCACAUGCGGAGUGAGGACGACGACCAGAGCGUGAGUGAGGACUGGAAGUAUGUCGCCAUGGUGAUCGACCGUCUGUUCCUUUGGAUCUUUGUCUUCGUCUGUGUCUUUGGCACCAUCGGCAUGUUCCUGCAGCCUCUCUUCCAGAACUACACCACUGCCACCUUCCUCCACGCAGACCACUCGGCUCCCAGCUCCAAGUGAGGCCCUCCCCAGCUCCAUGCUCCUUCACCCCUCUGUUGAACAGUAGUUUUGGGUCGAGGAGGGAUGAGUGAGCUACGAGGAAGAGGGGCGCUGCCCCCACAGACCCAUCUUUUCACUUCACCUGGAGCCCGCCCCCCUGCCAGCGCCAACCUGGAGGCUGGACCAGCUGCGUCGUGUUCUGGCUGCUCUCCUCCUCU